AAAUAAAAAAGAUUAUUUCGCAUUUAGAGAGGAUUGAAGAAAACAAGUUUGCAGUUUUUAUCUCGAGGAUGAAAAGGAGACAUAAUCGACUUCCUAAUGCUAACGGAACUAGAACAAAACCUAAGUCAGAGGUUGGUGUCCAGGUUUACAAAUCAAUCCUGGUAACAGAGGCAGAAAUAAAAAACUUUGACGACAAAUAUAAGAAGAAAAUCUCAGACAGGAGAAACCGGAGCCAAACUCAAACCCUGGAGAAACAAGGAAACCUGAGAAAAACUUCAAUACUGGAGAAACCAGAAUUCCUGAACCAUACUCAAACCCAGGAGAAAUCAGAAUACCUGAACCAUAUUCAAACCCUGGAGAAACCUGAAUACCUGAACCAUACUCAAACCCUGGAGAAACCAGAAUACCUGAACCAUACUCAAACUCUGGAGAAACCAGAAUAUCUGAACCAUACGCAAAUCCUGGAGAAACCAGAUUACUUGAACAAAACCUCAACCCUGGAGAAACCGGGUUUCUUGAGACGAUUGUGGGAGAAGGGUUUAAACAAAAUAACUGAUAGUUCAGAACCUUCCCUCACUGUGAAUUCGAGCAGAGAGAAUUUAGAAAUGGAGAGAAUUAAUCUUUCUUUGAUUUAAAUCUGUCUAAGAAAUUUUAUCCUUAAAAAAUUAAAUUUUUUCUUAAAUAGUUAAAAGCCAUUAAAAUAAUUGCUGAAGAUUCUGAUGUGUGAUAUACAAUAUACAAUAUACAUAUUUGACAAUAUUUUAGCAAAAAAUAAAUACACUCUAUGGA